AUGCAUCAGCACUUAAACAGUCACCACAAGAAAGAAGUUGAAGAAAUGGAAAGAUCGAUAGUACACAAAGAUCAAGAGCCACGGCAUCAAAUAAUUGGAAAAAAUGAUGCGAUUGAUGAUCUGGCUAUAGCUAUGUGUUCUUCGACUGUGCCUUUCCGCUUCCUCAGAAACAAACAUUUUCGAGAAUUCUGCAGAAAGCUUAAUCCAGAUCAUCAAAUUCUGGAUUCCAGAUCAUCGAAGGUCUGGAUUUUUGUAGAUGGAUGGAGCGCAAAAUACAUGGAUAGUGAGCUAUGCUACAAACAUCAUAGAAACAAACAAGAUUAUUUCCAGCUUCUGGGAAUCGAGCCUAUCAGCGCGUCUGCAACGGCAGCCUAA